AUGAGCUCCUCUUCCUCGGACGCUUCAGCCCACUUUCCCCCACCUUCACUCCGCAACAUUCUCAAUGAAGUAACCUCGCUUCUCCACGAACGCAAUCAAACCAUCGCUAUUGCCGAGACCGCUGCUGGAGGUCUACUGUCUUCGUCUAUCCUGUCCACUCCCGGCGCCUCCAAGAUCUACAAGGGCGGCUUGACACUCUACACUUUACCCUCACGGAUCGCCUAUGCAGGAUGGAGUGACGAAAACAUCAAAGGCUACUCAGGACCUACACCAGAGAUUGUUGCUGGAUUGGCCAAGCAUGUCAGAGGAGAGCUGAAAGCUGAUUAUGUGAUUGCCGAGUCGGGUAUUGCUGGACCUACUGGUGGAGACACGAGGAAUAGGACACCGGGGUAUGUUGCGCUUGCCGUGGAUUGCGAGAAGGGUACGUUCACUAGGGAGGGUUGA